AAUGCGCAAUUCUCAAAUUCAACUGAAAUUAUUAUUCAAACUUCAACUAAUUUUAAUAUUACAAAUUCGAGUGAAUUUAAUAUCACAAAUUCAAAUAAAUCUAAUACCUCAACUUCAAAUGAAUAUGAUCAUUUGACAAGACAUAAAGAAAAAUUUUUAACCUACCUUCCCCAUGAUGGUUUCAAUAAUCAGAGAAUUGAAUUAGAAAAUGCAAUAUUCUUGGCAUGGUUUUUAAACAGAACUCUAAUAAUUCCACCUAUUCUAUAUUUCGUAGGAGUUACUCCAAUCAUAGCACAACCAUAUGAUAAACUAUAUAAUCUUUUAUCACGCUUUAUACAUCCCAACAAUAAUUUUAAAGAAAACAAAUUUACAUUCUGCUUUAGUGAUGACGAAACUGAAAGUAAUUUUCGGGGUAUAAAAGAUAUUCAAAUCUAUGAUGCAAAUUGCAAUACUUCAACAUGUUUUCAAGAAAAUCCAAGAAAUUGCAAAUUAGUAUAUUAUACAAUGUACAAUUGGGAAAACCUAAUAGAUUUUUCAUUUGUAAGAAGACAUAUAAAGUAUAUUCAUCGACAAGAUUUUAAUUUUAACCAUUUAGUAGAGUCAAUUAACAUUGAUCCCAAUACUGAAGUGUAUAACGUGUCCAGUGAUGAGUAUCCAUAUCAAGUACGGUAUUAUGAUUAUUCUGAAUCAAAAGCCGAGCUUGGCAAAUACAAAAAACGGGUAAAUUUAAUAACAUUAAGUAAAAAAACUCAAAAAUUAAUGCAUUUCGGAAAUAUAUUUUCAUAUGGUAGAAUUACUAAAGAACUACAAACAAGUAAAAACUUUUGGAAAAAGUUAAUGAAUAAAAUGUUACCAAAUAAUCCAAUAAUAAUUAAUGUUGUAAAUAGAAUUGUUGAUAAAAUUGGAGGAACGAAUAGUUUUAUUGGAGUACAUGCAAGAUUAGGAGAUGGCUAUUUUGUAAAGAAUCAAGCCAAAACGGUAGAAGGACUUAUCAAAAGAAUUCAAAAAGGGUUUAAUGAUAUCAGCAUCGAAAAUAACAAGACUUCUUUAUCAUCCGUAAUAUUUUUGGCAACAGAUGUAAAACGCAAUGAAACUUCCCUUCAACCUUUCUUUCAAACUUUUCCAUGUGUAUAUACAUUAGAUGAUUUUGCUGAUUUAUUGGAACCUUUGAAAUUUUUAAAAAAUCCUGGAGAUGGCAUGAUUAUGUAUGAAUUUUUAAUACCCUUAGUAGAUUUGUUG